CUGUGACGUCAUGGGCUCGUGUGAUAGGAUCUGCUGAAAGUGCCAAAGGAGGGAGAAAAGGGAAGAGACCUUCACAUUGUCACAUAGAUUACCUGCUGCUUAGGUCGUAUUCCAAAUGGAUGUAAGAAAAUAUAUUCUGUCAGGACUCAGGAAGCAUUUAUGGUCUUGUAAUUCAGGAAUUGGUGGAGUAAGCUUAGGGAAUGCAAUGCUUCUCCAGACCUUUAGAAGAAAUAGCACAGCAUUGAGAUGCAAGAACAGACUGCAAAGCAAAUUCAGUAGAUGUUCAAAGCAUGGAAGCUUACGAACAAUUACAUCUGAUUAUCCUUCAAGCACAAAUAUACAUAAUCAUGUGCAAUUGCUUGGUAGCCUUUAUCCUCGGGAUGACUAUACCAACGUCACUAGUAAAAUCCUUUCAAAAGUUGGAAAAAACUUACACAAUCAAAAGUAUCAUCCAUUGUGGCUUAUAAAAGAAAGGAUAAAAGACCAUUUCUACAAGGAAUAUGUAGGGCGCUUUGGAAAUCCACUCUUCUCUGUCUUUGAUAAUCUGUCACCUGUUGUUACAACAGAACAGAACUUUGACAGGUUGCUCAUCCCAUUGGACCAUCCCAGUAGGAAAAAGGGAGACAAUUACUACUUGAAUCGCUACCAUAUGCUUCGUGCUCACACAUCAGCUCACCAGUGGGACCUUAUGAAUUCGGGCUUGGAUGCUUUUCUGGCUGUCGGGGAUGUCUAUCGUCGUGAUGAGAUUGACAGAAGUCAUUACCCUGCAUUUCAUCAGAUGGAAGGAGUGUGCCUAUUUUCAAACCAUACGUUAUUUGCUGAAGUUGAAUGUAAGGAUUCUUGCCAUUUGUUUGAAAAUGGUUUCCGCACAACUAACAAACAAGAGUCUCAUACUUUGGAGGCAGUGAAACUUGUUGAGUUCCGACUAAAACAAACUCUCUCCAAGCUCAUAGCUCAUCUGUUUGGUGAAGGUCUGGAAAUUAGAUGGGUUGACUGCUACUUCCCAUUUACACACCCUUCUUUUGAGAUGGAGAUCAAAUUUCAGGGAGAAUGGAUGGAAGUGCUUGGCUGUGGUGUCAUGGAACAGCAGAUAGUCAAUUCAGCUGGCGCACAUAACAAAAUUGGCUGGGCGUUUGGACUAGGACUAGAAAGACUUGCCAUGAUUCUUUAUGGUAUUCCUGAUAUUCGCUUGUUCUGGAGUGAAAAUGAGCUUUUCCUGAAACAGUUUCAAGUGGCUGAUAUUAACCAACAAAUAACAUUUCAGCCUCUUAGCAAGUAUCCAUGUUUGACCAAUGACAUCUCAUUCUGGCUGCCUGAGGAGGGCUAUUCGGAAAAUGAUUUCUAUGAUCUUGUUCGAAGCAUUGGAGGAGACCUGGUGGAAAAAGUGACCCUGGUCGAUCAGUUCAAGCAUCCAAAGACGCAGAAAACAAGCCAUUGCUAUCGCAUUGUGUACCGACAUAUGGAACGGACUCUUUCGCAGAUGGAAAUCAACGUGCUGCAUAAGAACAUCGAACAAUCAGCAGUACAAGAGUUGGGCGUUGAAGGAAGGUUUUAGUUACAUAUUGCCGUGUUAAUACUUUAUUUGCAGAAAUAGUAUGUUAAAAAAUAAACAUUUUCUGUUAUGGUUCUGAAAAUGAAUGUAAAUAAAACUGAAACUUUA